AACCCUAAAAUCGAAAUUGGAACCAAAAUGGGGGGUUUUGCAAAUGGUCAAUUGAGGGGUCCUUCAAUUUCUGGCCGGAAAACUUAGGGUUAUGGCGUUAGAAGGGAGCUAUAGAGAGAAGGGCGUCGGCUUCGAUGAGAAAGAUGACACAUGGUCGCCGAAAAAGAUGCCGAAGAAGGCAAUCAGAGUGAUACGUCCCGAUGAUGAAUUUGUGGAAAGGGAUUUUAGAAUGAAUCCGGUAGUCAUCAAUAUCUUUUCCGGUCCACCCGAUCCCUUGGACAUCUCCGGUGCCACUAUUACUACCGUUGAUAAUGAAUUUAUCAAACAAAUGGGUGCCUAUCCCUCUCUUGUUCGUAUUUUUCAGGAGCAAUGCCUUGAUCGCAGAACCUUGCAGAUGUUUGAUCACCCUGGGUACACAAGUGGCUGUUCUUGCAGUGGGCUUUUUCACUGGGAUAAGCCACCUGCGGAUAAGUUACUGUUCAAAAACAAUUCUGAAUUUGCCAUGAAGAGUUGCUGCAAAAAGGAUCUGAGGUUGGUCAGUGUUGACAAGUUGAGUUUGAUCCCAAGCUUUCAUCAAUUCAAUUACUUGACGUUUACAGUGAUCGACGAGCUUUCCAAUGAACACAUAACUUUCCAAGCUGCGAUUCUUGAGAUGGUAGCCGAGGACCAAUUCCUGCUAGGUUUACUUAGAGAUGUCUCACAUGAUCAGGUGGUUGCUGUCAUUCAAAUCGAAGAAGGAUGUGGGGAGCGUGCAGUUUCUUCUUCAGAGAAUUGAGAAUCCUGGAAGCCAAAUAUGUAAUGUGCCAUGGCUGAAGUUUGCUUUCAUUAGUUAAUCUCUACAAGAAUUUAAUGUUUUGAACAAUGAUGUUUGAGCUAUGUGCUAUUUGCUUGUCAAAACGCUAAUAAGCUGCCACUAUGCAUUAUUGAAACAACUAUCCGCAACUCAAACGAGGGGACGUCACCCGUAUCAAGUUGAUGUAAUACUACUUACUAUACACUGUAUGUUA